AUGAAUCUUUUGUUUUGUUUUCAUCCUUUUCUAGAACCAAAACUCAACAAAUGGAAGCAAAAUGCCAUCACUGUGGCUGCUGGAAAUGAAAAAGGACAAGAAUUAAAUCAACUCAAUUAUCCUAACGGAAUCUUUAUUGAUAAAAACAAAAAUAUUUUCAUUGCUGAUCAUACUAAUCAUCGUAUUGUUGAAUGGAAACGUAAUGCAAAAGAAGGACAAAUCAUUGCAGGUGGAAAUAAAGAAGGAAACCGAAUGGAUCAAUUAUAUUUUCCAUCAGAUGUGAUUGUUGAUGAGCAAGACCAUUCGAUCAUCAUUGCUGAUUCUGAUAACAGACGGAUAAUUCAAUGGUUGAAUCAAAAGCAACAUAUUCUUAUUGACAAUAUUGACUGUUUUGGCUUGGCAAUGGAUAAACAUGGAUUUCUUUAUGUUUCGGAUAGUGUGAAGAAUGAAGUGAGACGAUGGAAAAUGGGUGAAUAUGAUAAUGAAGGAAUCAUAGUAGCAGGUGGAAAUAGAAAUGGAAAUCAACUCAAUCAACUUAAUUAUCCAGGUUUUAUCUUUGUUGAUGACGAUCAAUCUGUUUAUAUAUCAGAUCAAAACAAUCACCGUGUGAUGAAAUGGAGAAAAGAUGCACAAGAAGGAAAAAUUGUCGCUGGAAGAAAUGGUAAAGGAGGAAAUCUCAAUCAGUUGUCUUUACCUCACAGAGUAAUUGUUGAUCAUUUGGAUCAAAUUUAUGUGGUGGAUUGGGGGAAUCAUCGAAUAAUGCGUUGGUGUGAAGGAAAAGAAGAAGGUGAAAUUGUUAUUGAUGGAAAUGGCUUCGAAAAUCAAUCAAAUCAAUUGAAUUAUCCCAUGGGCUUAUCUUGUGAUGAUGAAGGAAAUCUUUAUGUUGCUGAUUGGGGAAAUCAUCGAAUUGAAAAAUUAGAAAUAAUUUUGUAA